UGUGGAACACUGACGGUGUUCUCCAACAUCUGCGGAACACCGACAGUGUUCUCCAACAUCUGUGGAACACUAGCGCCUCUUGGGACAUCACCUGGAACUACUAAGUCACGUGUUCUUCAUCACCAUGUGUUCUCACAAUCCGUCAUGUGUGCUGGAUCCACAGAAUAAUUGCCUACAGACUGGAGCAACUGAUGAUUAACUUGCAUUAGGGAAUCCAAGUUGGAAGCAAGUCAACAUGGCCUGGCCCAGUACCAACACUGACCAGAUCUCCACAUCAUGGUCUCUCCCUAUCAAGUAUAUCGACAACAAUUAUACCACAUCAGAGGAAUGGCUGCUGACGACUAAGAGACACUGGAAGGUUGCCGCAGAGAGAGAUGCUGGGGUUCUGGUGACAAACAGCAGCUAUGACCUAGCCAGAGACGACUUGGGUCAUGUCACGGAGAGUGUUCAGGUCUUGGUGCUGACUUCCAAUGCCUCUGCCGCGGGGGAUUCAACUCAGGCCAGCAUACGGGACGAAACUCUAGUGGUCUGGGAGAUCAUUACACUUCUGGCCAUUUUCGUACUGACGGUUUUGGGAAACGUGGUGGUGCUCUUCAUGCUUCUGGUCCGCCAUAAGAAACUGACGCGAAUGUGUUACUUCAUACUGAGCCUCUGCGUGUCUGACCUCAUCACUGCCUUCUUCAACGUCCUGCCGCAGCUGGUGUGGGAGGUGACCUACAGGUUCCACGGAGGUGGUUUCCUCUGCAAGGCAGUCAAGUUCGGCCAGCUUCUGGGGCCUUACCUAAACUCCUACCUGCUGGUGAUGACGGCCCUGGACCGCUACCAGGUGAUCUGCUACCCGCUCUCCAACUGUGCCUGGACGCCCCGCAGAUCCAAAAACAUGAUUUUUUUGGCCUGGGCGCUGGCUUUAGGGUCCUGCACCCCGCAGGUCUUUGUAUUCAGUUACCAGGAAGUUGGCAACGGGUCUUGGGACUGUUGGGCCUCGUUCAUCCCGCCUUGGGGUCCCAGAGCGUACGUCACCUGGUACGCUCUCUCGGUCUUCAUAGUGCCUCUAUUUUUCCUCGUGUUUGCAUAUUCGUGUAUAUGCCGGACGCUGUGGGUCAAUUUCAAGCAUAAACAGAUGGACGAGCACACACACCACUGGCGGGACUCACGGAGGCCGCGGCUUCUGGUGCGCCUACGACCCCACAGACAUCGAUCAGAGAGCGAGAUAUCCACUUGCAUCCACGAUCCGCCGCCGCAGGAGAACAUCGUGCCCCUCCUGAGAGCGCCGUCACACCUGGCAAUACCCAUGGUAGCGGUCCACAAGCCCGCCAUGGUGAACGGGGUGAGCGCUCAGAGCCUGAGAGCGUCUCGCGGGAUCACCAAUCCUCGCUCUCACUCCAUCAGGAGCAUCAGUCGAGCCAAGAUCAAGACGGUGAAGUUAACCAUCACUGUUAUCUUCUGCUACAUUAGCUGUUCUGCACCCUUUAUCUCCGUGCAGCUGUGGCACGUCUGGGACCCCAAUGCUUCCACCAACCCCUUCUAUAAUGGCGCAGCCUUCACUAUCCUGACGCUGUUGUCCUCGUUGAACAGCGUCGUGAACCCCUGGAUCUUCCUGGCCUUCAAUGAGAACAUGACCCAGCUCCUUCACAGCUUAUGCACCUGCCGCUUCACCCUCCGGACGGGCCCCAGGCGCUCUCAGACCUUCAGGAGCUCCGACAGCAAUAAAAAUUUCCGCCUGACGGUGUUCACGACCACGGACGGAGACACGGCGGGUCACCGAGCCUCUAUAUCCCAGAGGCACACCGCCAGCCACUACCACAGUUCGGACUGAUGGUUCCUCUCAACCGCGGGCGUGGGACUUCGCGCCUCUACCCGCUCCUGCACGCCAUACCGCAAUGUUUAUCAUCAUUUCUAUCACGAUAUUUCAUGCGUCUCGUUUGGUCUCAAAUGUCUUGUUGUUCCCCUUCUCCUCCUCCUCCCCUUUCCCCGUCGGGAGAUAGACAAUCAGAAACUAUUAGUUGUAGGACAUAUAAUCUCUGUUCUCUUGUGCUGUAGAUUAACUCCUGUCGUGCAGUUUUGAGAAAGAUUCAUUUUCCCAUUGUACAGGGCGGGGAAAGAUGGUAGUGGAUGUAAAUCUAUUGAAAAUAUCGGAGUAAUAGAGCACGGUCUCAGGAGACAGGCUCUCAGGGGAGACUCGGUUAAAGAUACAUUCCCAUGGGAAGCUGUCGCGGAUACGCUCUCAGGGCCCAGCGUAAAAAGUACGUCCCUAGGGGACCCCACUUUAGAUACUCCCAGCUGGGAGCAAGGACACGUUGAUGACUUAUUUCAAGAAACGAUUAAUCAUGUGCAUGGCCCCGACUAUGCUACUGUGUGGACAGCUACUGUGUGUGAGACAGUGCGAGUUUAGACACUGUAUUGCUCGCGAUUGAGUUGAAGUGCUAUUAUACUCGCCCGUGUUCCACACUGAGGGCUUUUGGUACAUGGUCUCACGAGUCAGUGUAUACUGUCGACCCGUCCAUGAUGUCGUAGGUGAAAGAAUAACAAGACGUCAAGGUCACUAUGGCUCGAGGGAGCGAAAGGUCAGGUACUCACCGAAGACGCUCAAGGGUGCUCAAUGGUGCUCAAAGGGGGGCUCAAGGGGGAUGAGCCCCCUGCGGAGACUGGUGACUCGACCCUUCGCUCUCUCACAACACUGGCUUAGGGAAUGAUGAAACCACUUCCUGUAUAAAGAAAAUGAUGGAAGGGAGAUUAAGUGUUUGUUAUACGAGUUUGUUAUAGAUGGUGUAUGGGGAUAACACAUGUGCCGUGUGUGUUUUAUAUAUA